UUUUAAGCUCCGCGGCCGAGUUUGAGCGCAUACCUGCCCGCGCGGCAAGUGCGAUAGGCGCAAAAGCAGCUCUACAGCCCUCAAAUUGCGACACGCAACCGCUGCCGCUGCGAAAACGCCCGCCGCGGCGCCAGAGUUUAAAAGAGUUUAAAUCUAGCAUUGCGGACCGCGCGGCCGCACGCCAGCAAAAGCAACGAUGAAGGUCCACAACCCCAUGAUCAGCUACCACUCAUUGGAAGGAGGCAAGUCCGACCGCGUGAUGGGCGUCGACGCGCACCCCGACGUUUGUCAAGGAGUUGUCGUCUUCGCGACGGUGGGAGGAGGCGGAAGCGGCGAGGUCCGGAUUUGGAGCAUUGCGCCGGGCGACGAGCAACCGAAAUUUAGGUCAGCUUUGGCGAAGGGCCACGACGGCUCCGUGAAUUGUGCCAGGUGGGCGCCCGACGGGUGUCGCCUCGCGAGCGCGGGCGACCGCGGGACGGUCUGUUUGUGGCGCGGUGGGAGCGACGCGGCCUGGUGGUGCGAGUUGGACGAGAAGAACGAAAGAGCGAGGUGCGACCAUUUGAACCACGCGGACGACGUCUACGAUGUCGCGUGGAGCCCGUGCGGCAAGUGGUUAUUAACAGGAGCGAUCGAUGGCGCGGCGACGGUCUGGGACACGUGCACGCGAAGGCCCGUCAAGGUAUUGCGGGACCACGCCCACUACAUCCAAGGCGUGUGCUGGGACCCUCUUGGUAGUUACUUGGCGACGGCGUCGUCGGACCGGUCGCUCAAGGUUUAUGAAUUACCCCCAAAAUGGCACGCCUCGAAGAAGAACCUCAAGACGACGACCGUGCGGUGGUGGACGGACCCUCACGAAAUUCCCCAGAAGAAGGGCAAGAAGACGGCUGAGGAACCCAAAGCGAAACCGAGGAGCGCCCUCUUCGCGUCGGAGACGGCGCACGCGUCGUUCUUUCGGAGGCUCUGUGCUUCGGCUGAUGGGUCGCUCAUCAUAACGCCGGGCGCGGCCUCGAAAGAUAACGCCAAGGGCAGCGUCACUUUGUCUAGAACGCAGCUCGAUCGGGGGCCGGUCUCAUUCUUACCCUCGCCGGACGGCUCGGCGACGGCCUGUAGAGCGUGCCCCGCCCUCAUUGAAGGUGGAUCGAGUUCGCUCGUGGCGGUCUGCGCCCACGACGCGGUGGCGGUGUACGACGUCUCUUCCAAUAGUCCACGCGCGCUCGCGUCGGGCCUGCACUACGCCGCGCUCACGGACGCGGCCUGGGCCGCCGACGCGUCGCUCCUCAUCGUCGCGUCGGCCGACGGCUACCUGUCCUUUUUACGGUUUGAGCCCGGGGAUUUGGGGGCCAAGUGCGCCGCGCCGCCGCGCGUGCCGCUCCCGGCGGGGCUCGACGACCUGCCGCGCGCGCCGCCCGCUCCGCAAAAGGAUGAUGAUGUCGUCCUCGUCGGCGUGACGCCGGCGCCACCCCAAGCGCCGUCGACGCCCGGCGGCGCGCCGGCGUCGCCCGCGGGGAGCGCCAAGAAGAAGAAGCGCAUCGCGCCUACUUUAUUAGCGCCGCCGACGCCCGUCAAGAGCCCGGCGAAGAGCCCGGCGAAGGAGCCCGCGCCCGAAGCUGAUGCUGCGCCGCCGGCCAAAAAGAAGAAGCGGAUCGCGCCGACGCUGCUGUCGGCGGUGCCGUAGAGAGCCUGGGGUGUAACUUCCAAGUAAAUGCAGUGGCUCAGGCUGGCUGCUCAGGCUAA